AUGAUUAGCAAGCUAGUUUCCCACGACUGCAUCUGGUCCCCGACCAGUUCGAAGUGUGGGUACUGCACGGCGCAGCACUCGCCUUGCGUCCCGCUGCCCUGGUUCCUUGGGGAAGAGUUUGCGGCCCUCCGCGCCGCCGAAGAGGCCACCCCCCUCAUUCCCGCUGACAUCGCCGCCGCCGCCACUGAGGCAAAUCGGGUGGCCCUCCUGGCCGCCCAGAGCAUGCCAAAGUUCCGCUCCGACGUGGAGCGUGACCUCUACGAGGAGGCACGCGCCACUCAGGCUGCCCUCGAGUCGGGGCUUGCCCAAAUUCGGUCGUCGCUGCGCCGUCUCCGGACGGAACAGGAGAGCGUCCCUGCUCUCUUGGGGGAGUUGGUGGCUGCUGUGGGCAAACUGCCCACCGCUGCCGCUCCCGCGGUCGCUCCAACUCGGGGUGAUGGGAGGAAGGAGGGGGAGGAUGGGGAAGUUGGGGCAGCCUAUGGGGCCUAG